GAUGAGUGAUUGCUCACAGCUGCCCUCUCCAGGUGAUCUAAAUGUUCUAAAUGGAAAAAAAAGGCUCAGAAACAGGAUUUAUCAAGUAAAACCCAGUGUUGGUCGAGUUGUGCUGUUCUUACUGUGUGGGUCCAGCUCAAGGGGUCUUCCGGGUGACUUGUUACAGGCCAAGACCGCAAUGGGGUUUCCAGAUCAUCCCGUGUCUCUGGUGCUGCUGAUAUCUUUAGUUUUUGGAGUCUCUGAUGCCAUAAGGACUCUGAAAGAAGGCCCAAUGAUUGACGCCGAAGGAAGGGAAUAUAAAAUGAUUAAUUUGGGAGACCACAGCCCACCAAUGCAUAGUGGCAGACCCACUGUCCGAGUGGAGUGCACCGAGGUUUCCAUGAUUCUUUUCAUCAAGGCCGACUUCUACAACAAUGGUCGUCUAGUGUCCCCGCAGGACCUGUUUUUGGGAGGUGCCGAGUACUCUAAGGGCAAACAGUGCCAAGCUGUUGAUGCUGGUGAUGGAGAGUAUGUUAUAGAAGCUGACCUGCAGGAAUGCGGCUCCAAGUUAACCAUAUCUGAGGAUGACUUGGUCUACUCAAACAACUUGAUACUCUCUCCGCCUGUUGGUUCUCUUGGCAUCACAAGGGUGGCUGAAGCUGUCGUUCCAGUUUCUUGCCAUUAUAAAAGGACCCACACUGUGAGCAGCACUGUUCAGAAGGAGCCCCUAACUUUCUCCGUUUUGUCAAAGUUUCCUUUGGGAAGCUCUCCCAUUUCUCUGAAGCUGAAAACUGAUGACUGGUUAGGUGAGGAGUAUUCUAACACCUUUUUUCUUGGUGACCCGGUGCACCUUGAGGCAUCGUACACUGGUCCGGAUAAAAGGAAACUUUUCAUUGACGUCUGUGUUGCCACUCUGUCGCCUGACUCUACAUCAGUGCCCAGAUACUGCUUCAUUGAUAAUCAUGGCUGCUUUGUUGAUGCUAAAGAUGGAGGCCUAAAUUCAUUCUUCCAACCCAGACUGAAGCCCAGCUCUCUUAGGUUCCAGCUUAACGUCUUCUUGUUUCAAAAUGAUUUAAGGAACACAAUAUAUUUAACCUGUGAGAUUAAAGCUACACGACAACUGUGGAAUAGCAGCCCCACAAGCAAGGUCUGCAAUUACAUGCAUUCAAGCUGGAAGAAUGUGGAUGGGACUGAUGGCGUUUGUCAGUGUUGCAAAGGUGUUUGCAGGAACCAGCAACCUCAAGAUGAAAUUUGUGACACUUUGACUCUAGGCCCUUUGAUAAUAAUUCCCAGGAAAUGAGCAGAAAGUGUCCAGACACCAAGGUCUGAGCACGACUUUUACCCCGGCACAAUAAAAA